AUGGAUGAAAAGCGGUACUUGAAGCGCAAGGAGAAGGCGCGCAGCGACGGCAAUCGGGAUCAGGUGGCGAUCAGCUGCAACCAGCUGGGCGACUUCUACAACCAGCAGGGGAAGUAUAACGAGGCGGUGAGGGAAUAUGUCCAGGAGGCCCAGAUAUACGCCUCCAUGGGCAAGGAGCUGGAGACGGCCAAGGCCAAGAGGAUGGUGGGCGAGAUGUACACCCUGCUGUGCGACUACGAUGCCGCCAAGGAUCACAUCAACGACUAUCUGAAGAUUGCUAAGCGUUUGAAGAACCAGGUGGAGGAGCAGCGGGCUUAUGCCACUUUGGGUCGCGUGCAUCUUUUACAUGGACAGAGUUUGGCUGAUAGUUCCGCCUCUGGAGCCAUGGAGCAACUAAAACUGGCGGAGAAGAGCUUCCUACGCAGCCUCCUGCUAAUCAAAGAACUUUCAGGUCAAAUUUCCAAGCUGGAGCAACUGGAUAUGCAAGCCCGCUGCUACCUGAACAUCGGCGUGGUAAAGGAGCACAUGGAGGCUUUCCAAGAGUCCAUCGAGUACAUCGACAAAGCCAUCAAGAUCAGCAAAACGCACGAGCUGUGGGACCUGACCCACUUGUGCUACAUUUCGAUGAGCUUGCUCUUCAACUGCAAAAAGAACGACGCAACAUCGGCGCUUCGCUACUGCAAUAUGGCUCUGGAGGUGGCCAAGCGCUUGCCCAACAAGGUGAAGAAGAUCUGCGAGACUUUGAUCACCAAGGCGGAGAUCCUGAUCAAGGCGGGCGACUUUGCCAGCGCCAAGCACAUACUGACCAAGGCCUACAAGAAGAACACGCCGGAUGAGAACGAUCGGGGGAGCAUCGAGAAGCAGCUGAGGAUCGUGGUGAAGAUCUGCCAGACUUUGGAUGAGCUGGUUCUCACCAGUUCCGUGGACUACGGCAAGUUGAAGAGCCUGUACGAGAAACUGGGCGACGGCUGCUGUCAUCUGAUGAACUACGAGAAAGCUCUGACUUACUAUCAAAAGAUGUUGGAGAACGCAGAACUGAAUCAGGAGACUGGCAAGAGCCUGGUGCCCAUCUAUGUGAGUCUUUAUCAGACCUAUCGCGACAACAGUCAGUUUGACAAGGCCUUGGAGUACCUGUGGAAAGAGUUUGAGGUGAACCAGGAUGUUCCCUCGGAGGCGUUUACCACCCUCUGCACGAUUGCCGAGAUAUGCGAGCAGCAGUCGCAUCCCUUUUGGACCGUCCACGAUGUCUAUCAAAAGGCUCUUCGGCAAGCGGAAAGGGCUGCUGGCUCCUCCGACAAGCUCGAGAAGAUUGCAAUGGUAAGAUUACGGCGCCUGAUGCUGAAGCAUAAUAUGCAAGUGCUAGUGGAAAAUCUGGAGACAGAAGCCACAGCCAAGGGCAUUGAUUUGGACCAAGAAGAAAGCCUGGGAGACGACGAUGAAGAUGCCGGGGCAGCCCUGCAGCAAAAUACUCCCGAUUGGGACGACGACUUCGACCUGGCCACUCUCACCGACUCGGAUGCCAGUGAUCUGGACGAGAGCGAGAAGCUGCGUCCGCAGAGAACCACACGAGGCAGCAGAUCGCUGGUAAUCAAGAAGAACAACAAGGGCGAGACUCAGCUGCAUCAGGCGUGUAUUUCUGGCAAUCUGGAGCUGGUCAGACGCCUCAUUGACCAGGGCCACACGGUCAAUGUGCGCGAUCAUGCGGGUUGGCUGCCAUUGCAUGAGGCCUCUAAUCACGGCUUUCGGGAGAUCGUUGAGCUGCUGCUGGACAAGGGAGCCGCAUCUGCCAUUAACGACAAAGGUGGCACCAGUUGCGAUGGCAUAACUCCCCUUUUUGACGCCUGCUCCAAUGGCUUCCUGGAUGUGGCCGAACUUCUGCUGGAUCGUGGAGCGGAUGCCACGGUGCGAACGGACUACAAUGAGACCUGUAUCGCUGGACUGGACAAAUGGCGCCAGGGAGCGCAGCUGGUGGAUGGCGAGCAGGCGCAGUAUGCCCAACUGCGAGAGCGACUCCUCCGCACGCUUUCCAAGGUGGGCAUAUGCAGCGACCGGAAUGCCCGUCCUCUGACCAAUGCCAAUGUUAAACGAGUAAGCAGGGGCAGCUUAUCGGAGGAAGAAGAUGAGGAAGAGGCCCUGCAAGAGAGCAACAGAAGAUCCCUCAGUCACAACCGUUCAGCCAGUGAGUACGGUAGCAAGAAACCCAGCAGCUCAACCCAGCCAAGUGCCAGCAAGGAAUACAGGAGUGUUAUGGCUCAGCUAAAGAGACCCAAUCGCCUCAACGAUGAUCCUCCCAGCAGCAGCAAUAUUAGCAAGCAGAAACGCAACGCCUUCCUUAACGAAGAUGAGGUGGAUGCGGAUAACUGGCUAAUUGAUGAUGUGGGUCCGGAAAGAAAACGCAAGCGCAUUAACUCGGGAGAUUUCAGUAGACUUCCCUCUAAGGAGAACCUGCAAGACUCUGCCUUGUCUCUGCCGGCGAACUGGGAGGAUGAAUUGCUCCAGGCCACUCCCGAAAUGGAAUACUCGCAACGUCAGAAGCAGAUGCGGAAGCUUACCCUGUCCCGCUCCUCUAGCAUAAGUAGCAGCCACAGCAGCUCGGCUGCUCCUAGUCGAAAGAAGCAUCAGGCCACGCUGAUGGACAGCGGCUUCAGUCGCUUCCGAAGCGAAAGUCCACUGGGCAGUGAGUCCUCGCAGGAUGGUGCCGCCUCGGUUAUUAGCCUGCGCACUAUUGAACCUGACUCCACCACGAGCACUAUUCAGUUGCUCAUCUCGCCGGCCAAAUCGUCGCCCAUUAAGGUGCAAACAACUCCUGUUUUGGCCACCACUGUGUCCUUUAAGGUCCAAGUGCAGGACGAACUUUUACUGGUACCCAUUGAGCGCAAGAAACUGCAGGAUAUUAACAUUCGCUGGUUGGCCGAGGAAGCCGGAAGGCGAUAUAAUAAGUUGACUGGAUUAACACCUCUCCUACGACUCAAGACAGCCGAUGGCUUCGCUUAUGAGGAAACAGAUGCAGUUAGUGUAGCCCUCGAGCAAAAUAUGCUAAUGGCCACCAUUCUGGAUUGGAAAAUAUCCCCUCUUUCGCAGCGAUACGAAGAAAUGUGCCAUCAAGUACAGAAAACCGUGGACCACAAAGUGAAGCUUCUCCUAGAGCGUUCGCAGAACACUCAGAUGCUAGAGCUCUCCGGCUUGUGGAUGCGGGCUCAGCAAACAGAACCCAUAUUUAAAGCCCUUCUCCAUCAAGCGCGUCUCACGGUCUUGGAUCUUUCGCGCAACUUUAUUGGCAACGAGGGAUGCUCGCAGUUGGCCAAGUCACUGCCCACAUUGCUCCAACUGAAGGCCCUGCGACUGCAAUGCAAUGCAAUUGGCUCCCAGGGUUUGGAGGCUCUGCUGUGCGGUCAAGGAAUGGAUAAACUUGAGCUGUUGGAAGAGCUUAACCUAAGCCAGAAUCCCCUGGGCAAUGCCAGCCUUAGAAUACUCAGUAGAUUUUGUGCUAGUCCUGCUGGUCGAGCACUCACUUCCCUUCAAAUUGCCCAGUGUGAGCUGACGGAACUGCAGGACUUUGACCUGGGCUUCAACCAGUUGACACGAUUUGAUAUCAGCUUUAAUCAACUCACCCAGCAGAGUGUGCGGCGUCUGACGGAUCAGCUGAAUAGUUGCCGCCUGGAGCAAUUGAAUCUCAGUUAUGUGCGAUGGCCUUUGGACGAGGCCAGUGCGUUUGCUUUGGGAGAGCGACUAGUUUCUCUUCUGGAGGGUGGAACAUGCGAACGAUUCAUCCGAGUGGAGCUCGCAGGCUGUGGCUUGAACGAUGCCCAUCUGUACCAGAUAAGUCAGCACCUGGGCAAAGCCAAGCAACUGCAGUGGUUGGAUAUCAGUGAUAAUGUCAGGCUUAGUGGAGCUGCCCUAGGAUAUCUCCUAGAUGAACUACCUCCUCUGCACUGCCUGUUGGCCACCAAUUGUACAAAUUUUCUGGACGACACUCGUCUCCAGAAACUCGAGCAGCAAAAGCAGUUGCCCAGGCGCGUGGACCUAACCGUUGAUGAGCAGGUGUUCUCCAUGCCAGGAGCCUUGGAGACACUUCAGUCCAUUUGGCAACUGCAGUUUGGUGACAAGGCCAAGAUGCUGACCACAUCGAGCAGGCGGAAAAGUGGCAGGCGGUACAAAGGACUCCUUAAGCUUCUGGCUGAUGGCAACGAUGCGGAAUAGUGAAGUCUCAUCGUGUGUAAACCAUUUUCAUUUUGUUGUAUGUCCCAUAGUAUUUUUUUAUUGUUUGACAAUUAUAUAGCAAAUCUGAGUACACCUCUUAUCGUUUAACUAAUAGCAGUACGCCGAAUUGCUGAACCUAAGUAGGACAAACACUUAGCCCCCCAAUGGGCUUAUCUUAUCAGUGGAUGAUAGCUGGCGAAAUAAUUUGCGAUGGUCUAGACUCUAGACUUUUGGGGGUAAGUGAGGCUAGCUCUGACUGUUU